CCUGUUUUGUCUACGAAGAUCGCUUACAAUGGCCGAAAUUCUAAAGCUGGCUCUUCGCCUUUCCUUUUCUGGAGCCGCUGAGGGAAAUCGCCAAGAUUUCUUUUGGGUUGGUCAAGAAGAAGAAGAAGAAGAAGAACAGUGAAAGAAAAUGUAGCAGAUCGAAUAAUCAAAUCACUCAAAUCACGCAGAUAUCCAUAAGAAAUCAGCCAGACGAUAUUGCAGAGGACAGCUACUUACUUGAAAAUGUAUAUUAGAUGCAUUUGAUGCUUAAAGUAUGCCAGAGGCUAGAAAGAAAAAGGGGUGGCUGGGCCUGCCCUUGUAGAGAUCACUGCAUUGGUACAUUUACUAGACUGAUUUGGCAGUGAGUGAGAGAGAGCCUGGCUUGUAUUGGAAGGCGACAAAAACCACAAAAGAAGAAGAAAAGGGGCAUUUCAACAGGUCGUUUCUUGCACUCUUUCAAUUGCCAAGUUCUCUUCUCCAUGGUGAGUUGUCGUACGAGGGGAGAAGGAAGCAAAUAAAUAGAGCAGUAGAAAGUUUUUUCCUGACUUUGCUCCAUAACUCUUUGGUAAGAAAACUGGGAUCGGUUGCUUGCAAUUGCAAACGCAAAAUCUCUCUGCCAGUAAGAAACCAAACGAAACAAAACAAAAAAUUAUAGGGAGGCUCUGACUUUGGCCAUGGGGAAAUGUGAAGCUGCUUGAUAGGCUUAUUUCCUUUUCCUUCCACCCUCCACCUUCGUCUACUCUUAUAAACCAAAUCUUUUCCUUUUGAUUCCAUUCACCAUCUCUUGCCCAUCAUAAUCAUCAUUAUCAUUUCUUGGCUUUUGAAGACAUGAAAGGAACAUUCUGUUGUUUUAUAUUGACUCUGCAAAUAGCUUGUUCUUGUUGGGUUUCUGCUGCAACCAGACCUUUUGCUCCAAAUCAUGCUCUUCCUCUCCUUCCCCACAAACAAGGUCUUAUCUCAGGCUCUUUCGAUUCAAAAGAGGGGUUUGAAGCUGUGAAUAGAGGAAUGAGGGAAAUAGGGUCAAGUCCGCCGAGCUGUCAGCACAAGUGCUAUGGAUGCAGUCCAUGUGAAGCAAUUCAGGUGCCUACCACCAGCAGGCACAGCCAUUUGGGGGUCCAAUACACUAACUAUGAGCCCGAGGGUUGGAAAUGCAAGUGUGGCCCUUCGUUUUACAGCCCUUGAUUCCAAAACACACAGGAAAAAGAAAAAGAAAAAAAGGGCUGUUGCUGGCUUGCUGCAGCCCAUCCCACUGUAUAAAAGUUCUCAAUGUUGAAUUGGAAAAGUAGACGAGUUUCUAUAAAAUGGGGUAUUUAAUUUCUUUUUUCUUGAUCGG